CCUCGGCCCGGCGCAGGGUGACGAGGAAGCGGAACCGCCGCGGCCGGGACCCCAUCGCGGCCCGCUCUGCGGCCGAACGCGGCGCCGGGGGCGACGGCGGAGCGCGGCCGAGCCCGGGGCGCCAGGGAGCCGCGGCUCCGGCCGGGGGCGUUGAGGCCUAACGGGGAGCCGCCGGUGCCGGCACCGCGGCCGCGGGUUUCGGAGGAGCCCGGGGAAGAGAGGUCGCCUCCGCGGCCGGGAGCGGGGCUGCCGCCGCCAGCAAAGCUGGGAGGGCCGCUGGGGUCCGCGGCGGUCGUAGGGCGCGCCGGCCUCCGCCCGAGCUGGCGGGUCCGGGGCGCAGCCUGGGGGUGCCUGGGGCUGCGGGUGCCGGAAGAACCGAGGCAGCCGCCGGCGGGAGAGCUGGAGCGCGGAGGCUGCGCGGCGGCAUUGAUGCGGCAGGAUGACAGUGAAACUGGGAGAGAGCAGCGGGGAGGAAGGGGUGAAAAAGCUGGGCAAGAGAGCAGGAGGAGAUGAGGAGUCCCUGGAAGAAGAAGGGGCAGGAGGAGGAGGAGAGGCAGCUCCAGGCAGCAGCAGCACAAAGAAAGAAGAGAAGAUUAUUAACAACAACACUAACAGCAGCCCCCCACCGAACCCCAGCUUAUCGCAGGCCCCGGCCUCCCUCCAGCCCUCUCACAGCCAGGACCAGCAUCAUUUUCUCAGGUCCAGCGUCAGACCUCAGAGCAAGAGGCUGAAGAAGGAUUCCCAGGCAUCCUCUUCAGUUGGCAGCAGCACUGCUGCAAAAGGCAAAGCAGCAGAUAAUGGAGGGACUGCAUCUGGUGGCACAUCUGGAAUUCUUCCCAGCAAUCCUGCUGGGAAUUCCAAGUCAGCAGCAAGGAACCUGGGCUCCUCAGCUGGAGAGAAGGAGGAAGGAAAGAAGGUCAGACGGCAGUGGGAAUCGUGGAGCACAGAGGACAAAAAUACUUUCUUCGAGGGACUGUAUGAGCAUGGGAAGGACUUUGAAGCUAUCCAGAACAACAUUGCCCUGAAAUACAAGAAGAAAGGCAAACCAGCAAGCAUGGUGAAGAAUAAGGAACAGGUCCGCCAUUUCUACUACCGCACCUGGCACAAGAUCUCAAAGUACAUUGACUUUGAUAAUGUGUUUUCUCAAGGGCUGAAAAAAUCCUCCCUGGAGCUUUAUGGCCUAAUCUGCUAUGGGGAAUUAAGGAAAAAGAUUGGGGGAUGUAUGGAUGACAAGAAUGCGGCUAAACUCAAUGAGCUCAUUCAGGCCGGGGCUACGACUGUUCGUUACAAAGGCAGAAACCUUCGUAUCAAAGCUCCGAUGUGCAGGGCUUUGAAGAAACUCUGUGAUCCAGAUGGCGUUAGUGAUGAAGAGGACCAGAAGCCAGUACGUCUUCCUCUCAAGGUCCCCGUGGAGUUGCAGCCACGAAAUAAUCACGCAUGGGCUCGAGUGCAGAGUCUUGCCCAGAAUCCACGGCUUAGGAUGAUUGUGGAGUUACAUCGGAAGGUCUCCAGCCUCAUUGAGUUCCUGAAGCAGAAGUGGGCUCUCCAUGAAGUGCGUAUUCGUAAAACACUAGAAGAACGGCAGCUUCAAGACUCCAGAGACUCAGAAACAAGAGGCAGCUUCUCAGAGGAGAAAGUGAUGCUCCAUCUCUUUCCAGGAGAGAAUUGUACGCUCACUCCGCUGCCUGGGGUAGCCAGAGUGGUCCACUCCAAGGCUUUCUGCACAGUGCAUUGGCAGGAAACUGGCAAAUGCAAACAGAACACAAAAGACUCUCAUUUACUACCCCCUGCACAAAUCCUAGGCAUACAGAGUGGUCAGGGGACUGCUAGGGGACAGCUAAAAUACACACGGGGAACAGAAGGUAAGGGUGUUGGCAGGGCAGAGAGCACUACAGAGUCAAACAGAACCUCUCAGCCCACAGCUGAAGUUUCUGCAGGCACUGAAGAUGGCACCCCAGAGACUGGCCUGGUGGAAGGAACAGCCUCAAAUCUUGGCAUCACUAAUUCUCUCCAAAAAACACCUUCUGGACUUCAAGAUCCAGGAGGGAACCAUGAAAAGCUGAGCUCAGUGGCCUUCUGUGUGGAUGGCAGGGAGACCCUGGCUAGUGACCAAGCAACUGUGCUACCGUCAUGCAGCACAGCUUGUGCUUGCAGUAAGAUCCCUGAUGUGGAGGAGCUCUCUCUGCUCGAUCCAUUCCCACGGUACAUGAAGUCCUGUCAGGACCUGAUCGUCCCAGAGAAAUGUUCUUGCACAGACAAACUGCAUGGGAAAGACUCUGCUCCAGCAGCUGGUGAUACUUCUCCAGUGGCUUUUCCAAGUGGGAGGAGCACAGAGACAUCUGACUCCUAUUCACAGCUACCGAGAGGUGGUGUGGCUUCACCCGGCAGUGGCCCAUCCAGAUAUGAAACUCAGGCGAGCCACAGCCAGGGCCAGCAGAUUGAUGCUUGUACCAAGGAUAUAACAGAUGCAGUAAUGGAGGAUUCUCAAGAGAAGCUGGGCUCCUCAUUUCCACCUCCACCUCAGGGACAAUCUAGUACAAAGUCUCUCAAGGAUGACCCAAGCCGGCUCUCUCAACAGGUUAGAGAAGAAGGAUGGAGUCUACGAACUUCUGAGAGCCUUACGCUGGCUGAAGUCUACCUCAUGAUGGGCAAACCGAACAAGUUGCAGCUGGAAUAUGACUGGUUGGCUGUGUUGGAGCCAGAAACCCAGGAUGCUAGGGAGCAAACGCCCGAGUCGAGUGCUGUUUCUGCAUGUACCACCUUUCACAAGCAGAGACUCCUAAACUGCCUUUUAAAACUCAUCUCUACUGAAGUCAAUCCCAAACCAAUGCCUGAGAUGAGCUCAGUUGCCACAUCACCCAUAAAGCCUGCUCAAGAGGAGCAGUCACUGACUCCUCCAGGAAAGGUGAUUGCCAUCAGCACCAGGAGUCCGGGCUGUGCACGAAAUCAAUCUGCCCUUCGCAACAACAAGACUUUUUCUCCUGGUGCUGCUUCCAGCUCCUCAGGUUUGAGAAACCUCCCUAGACCUCUCUUGGUGGCUGGUCCUUCAAGUUCUGGAAGCACUGAUGCGGAUGGUGGACUCUUUGCAGUUCCUACAACUCUACCACCCAACAGCCGCCAUGGGAAGCUGUUCUUGCCUAGCAAAGAAGCAGAACUGACCUUCCGGCAGCACUUAGACACAAUCAGUAUGCAGUCAGACUUCUUCUUGCCAAAGCCAAGGAAGUUACGGAACAGGCACUUGCGGAAGCCAUUAGUAGUACAGAGAACACUGCUCCCCAGGCCAUCUGGAAAUCCGUCCCAGCAUGUCUGUUCCUUUUCUAUCUUAUCCAACUCAUCCAUUACAGGGAGAGGUUCAUUUCGGCCUAUCCAGUCCUCACUGACUAAAGCUGCUGUUUCUCGUCCAAUUGUGCCCAAAGUUCUUCCAACACAGGCUACCAACCAUCUGUCUAGUGCUAUCGACUUGGCAGCUAAAAGUGCUGGUAUUAUUCCUGGUAGCCCUGUGCCUGUCCUGGAUGCAGAUGGUUUGUCAGGUGUAUCUCCAUUGUCACCAGACGGAGUGACGAGAGUGGUAACAGGGCAGGAGUCAACAGUAGCACAUCAGAAUGGAGGCUCCAUCACCACUGUAGAGGGCUCGGGCUCUGGGUGUCGGGUUCCAUUCAUCAGCUUACCAACACGACAUGAGCAGGAGGCAGUUCCUGAUGGUUUCCAGGGUACAUCAGUCCUUUCUCUGUCAGAACUGUCCAAGACUCCCCUCCAAAAUGGUCUUUCCACCCCUCCACUUCCCUCAUCAGAGGCUUCCAGUACUCGGCUCUCUCCUCCCAAUGUUUCUGCUCUCUUGGAUAUUUCCCUGCCUGGACCACCUGAAGAUGUUCUUUCUCAAGGAGAACCUGCCACUCAAAUCAGUGAUUCUAUCAUUGAAAUAGCUAUCAGCUCUGGUCAAUACAGUGAAGGUGUCUCUCUCUCUCCUGCAAAGCUGAAUGGCAGUGACAGCUCCAAAAGUCUUCCAUCCCCAUCCAGUAGUCCUCAACAGAACUGGAUUGCCUCUCCCAGCCAUGAUCCCCAGUGGUACCCCAAUGACUCCACAGACUCGUCUCUCAGCAGCUUGUUUUCAAGUUUCAUCUCCCCUGAGAAGGGACGAAAAAUGUUGCCAACUCCCGUUGGGACUGCCAGUGGCACCUCCUUACUGGGACCUAGCCUUCUGGAUGGAAACUCACGGGACUCUUUUGUGUCACGGUCACUGGCAGAUGUAGCAGAGGUGGUGGAUUCCCAGCUGGCUUGCAUGAUGAAUGAGAACAGCAUAGAUUACAUAUCUCGUUUUAAUGAUCUUGCCCAGGAACUAUCAAUACCUGAGCCAACCCGCAGGGAAAUUCUGUUUGAUGGAGGAGGUGGUGGUCCCCCGAUUGGGGAUCUCUCACAGUGAGUGUGUGAGACCAGCAGGCUGGUGUAGACUGUUCAGCUAAAGUUGGAGCUUGCAGCGUUGGAUCAUGGCAAGGGCAGGUUGUAGAGAAGCAGCUGAGGCUCAGUUGUCCCUGUCUUGUGCACUUCUUUCUAAAAGAGAAGCAUUGUUUUCAAAGGUCUGAAGAAGUACUUGCAAGUCCUGGAACGUGCAAUAUACUGGGAACAACAAAACAUGGAAUAGUAUUACAGGAAACGGUGUGUGUCCUGCAUCAGUGAUAUGAGAUGGCAGGUUUAUGGGACAGUCCUGGACUUGUACUUUGGAAUGGCCUAAGCAAGAAGCUCAAGCAGGGAAGGGUAUUGCCAGAAGCUCCCCUACGUGAAUUUUUUUUUGCGUAGUAAUCAAAAUGCCAUGAUUUGGGAUCCACAUUGAAGUUGUGGAGGAUGAAGGGUGGGGGUGGGUAUGGGAACCAUUUUGCAUCUUGACAUGUCCUACUUGGCAGUCUUAUCAAUCAGUUAAACUGAAGUUUCUUGCACUCUCUUCAAGGGCGCUGCGACUCUACGAUGCUUUGUUUUUAUAGACCAUUCUGUUUCUUUGGCUAUGUUUUGUUGUUUGACCAUUCCAGCAGGGGCAUGUACCUACUUUCUUGUUUGGUAGGGGAGCUCUGCUCCCAGAUUGCAUGGAUCCUUGGGGAGUUUCCUCUGAUUUUAAACCCCUUCACAUGUCACAAUCAUCAUCAUCAUCCUGACUGCACUCAUAUUCUCCACUGUUGAGAUUCUUCAUCACAUUGCACAGUUCAUCCCAUGAGUGGGAGAGUGCUUUCUUGCUUUCCCCGAAGAAUGGUCAUUUUUUAAGUCAAGAGAUGCUGCAAAAGAGCUUACUGGAAUCACUAUGAAAGCUUCAUCAUAAUUAGUCUUGGCUUUGCUGGAAACCUGUAUAUAUUGCCAUCUUUCUUCACAAAAACUGAUGAUUUACCUGGGAGAGGAAAUAGGAAAGAAUAUUGUAAUGUAUAGAAACAAAUAAUAUGUUAACGCUAAAGUUGUUGAGAUCUGUUUUGUGUCAUGAAGAGGAGAGGUGUCAAGUCCUAGCUUAAUCCCUUAGUCCUUCCUUAUUUCCUCCUUGUUCUGUGAAUUCCAGGUGCUCUGUAGUACCUCAGGGCAUCAUUUUUCAUUAGUCACCCCCAAGCACUAGUGGAUCUGGUACUCCCUCUACUAAAUCCCUAUGCAUUUGUUAGUGUUUUAAUAUUUGAAAGACCCAGAUCCUGAUACCAGCGGGUUCAAAGGAAUAUAAAGUUACUUUCUCUACAGCUGGUUGUCUGUUGAUUCUACCUUUAUAACUCAGGAGACUUUUCCUAUUUCCUUUCCUACCGGUCAUGAGAGAGAAUACCUUUAUUGUGCCCCUUUUUAAGCACUUGUCUGCUUCUCCAGUAAGAGGAUGUCCCUUGGCAUCUGUAGCUCUGAACUUAUCCAAGGGGCUGGUCCUGUAUAAACCUCAGCUUUAUAUUAUUAAUAAAUAAACAAAACUGCUCCAUCUCUUAGGCUAUUAUCAGGGGUUCAUUUUCCCAACUUGCACUAUACUUGGUGGAUGUAGUUCUACCUGCCUUUAGCUACUUUUACAAGGCAUUUGACUGGGAGUUUCUUCUUGUAACCUGGCUCACGAUGCACUGAUUGCUUUACCCUGCUUCACGUAGAUUAUUUUUAAACCGCUAUAUAGUUUGCCUUAUGCUUUCUAUCAUUAAGAGAAAAUGUAACAAGUUUUCUGAUGCACCUUUUGUGUGGCCCAUAGCAACCUUCCUGAUUUCACUCAAACAGCAGUGAGAUUUGGAUGACAUUCCAAGACCCCAUGUAUCAGGUUGCUACGUUCUCCUCUCUGACAUAGGAACCAUACAGAUGUGUAAAAACAGCAUUAGUACAACUGGAUGUUCCCCACAGGGAGGCAAACCUGUAUUACUAGAAAAAAAACCAAUUAUGACUAGAAGAACUGAGAAUUUCAUACCUGUGGGCUAACUUCCUAUUCUGACUGCAUGUCACAUGGGCUCUUAGGUCCUUCUGUCAUUAUUUCUCUUUCAUUAUUCUUACAGAGCCUUGUUUGAGAAUUCUGAUGCAAAUAUCAGGAAAUCAUGUAAACCUAGAAUAUAUAAAGUUGAAGGCUGUCAGAAGAAUGAAUGCUGGGGAGUGUGUCAUUCGGAGCAUUCACCCUUGGUGUGGAGAGGACAUACUCAUUAACCUCAAGAGUCACUCCCUCUAAAACUUUUUUAAGUUUUACUUACAGUUAAGCUGUAUUUUGGUUCAGUCUUUCCCAGAUUGUUCCUGCUGGUUUUGGCUUCUUACAUUAGUAAUACUGAUUAUCCUAUAAGCUGUACCUCCAAAAAUCCUUCGGACUUGCAGGACAUGCAGGAGGAGAUGUGAUACGUUCUAAUCAAGUACUGUAUAAAAAAAAUCUGAACUCUCAUUCUUAAACUUCUGAAUACUGAAAGACCAGCCUGAUGGUCUCCAUGUAUUUAGGUAGCUUGACAAACAUUUCAUCUUCUUUGCCCGUGCUGGUAAUGGAGUGGAUGUGUCACUGGUUUCACUUAGGUUGCCUAGAAUAAGUGCCAGCAUUGCUGCACCCCUGUGGCAGAGCACUUCAUCAACAUCUGGGAAAACUUUCUGCCAUCGGAUACAGGGAGCUGUCAAGCUGCCCCUUCUCAACCCUUUCAGUUGCCAUAGGGCAUUAACAGAACUGCAGAAUGAAGUCAGCAUAGCAGCUAUUUUUAAUGAUGCCAUGAGAUCAGAAAACUUCAGUAUCCUGAACCUUUGCAAAUAGGCUUGGACCACCAAGUCGUAACAAAGUGGAAAUUACAGAGGUCAGUUCAGCACUCAGAAUCUUGUAUUAGGAAUGUGUUUGGCAUCAGCCUCUUACAAAUUGCCAUUACGAGACAGAAUUUGAUUUCAGAGAUGCAAUGCUUUGAAAACUGCAGUUUAAUAAUAAAGCCCUUUCAGGACAAGUAAGUCUUAUCAGGGAAAAACUUGAAAAUCAUCAAGUAGAUCAUUGUGAUAAUUUUGAACUGGUGCAGAAUUUGUUAUCCUUAUUAUGUGAAAGGUCACUUAACACACCUCUGAUUCCACCAGUUCUAGAUUUUAGGUGGAUGUGCUUUACGAUACUAAUCAUCAUCAGUUUGUGCCUAAGACCGCUAAGCGAAAAAUUGGGGGGGUGUAGGGAGGGGUGUGGGAGUGUGUAUAUGUACACACACACACAUUUAUGUAUGCUUAUGUGUGUGUGUAUAUAUAUUUUUUUGUAAAACACAAAACUUUUUCAAUUUUUAUGAUUUCAGCUUCCCCAACAGAAGUAACAAAAUACAUAUGUGUAGCAAUGUCAGCCUAUCCUAAGCAAACAUUCUAGCAAGUUAUACUGAACUGCACGCAGGAUUGUUUUUGAGGUAAACAUGACUUCGUUAGCUUAAUAGCUUCUUGGGGCACUGUAAGGUGGUCAGAGAGGACAAAUGGACACUAACAACCUCCAGUUCUAGUAUUAAUUGCUCUAGGUUUUUCCCAUGUUGGUUUAGUGACUAUGUAAUAAGGAAGUUCUGAGUAGUUCAGCGAGGUGAAUGGCAGAAAAUUCAGUAUUUGUUGUCAUCAUAGUCUGGGUGAAAAGCAGUACUACAUCCUAAGAGUUAGAUCUACCAAUGUGCAUGUGUGUGCUAACUGGGUCUUCUGCUGGGUGUUGCAUCCUGAAUACCCACACAAUUCAUUUUAGCCUUUAUCACUAAAUCUACUAAGCAUAGGAACUAAUUGCGUUUAAUAUGGCAUUGUUAAGCCUUUUCUUGAGACCCCCCUUUAUAUUUCUAAAUUGAAUUAAAUGGCUUGGAUCAAAUCUAAUCUAUAAAGACAUCUCAUUUACUGACUCCACGGAUCCCAGAGUGGAAAUUAAGUUGCAUUUUGGUUUUUACACUCAGACUUCGGAUGCAUUUAUAAGGAAAGUACUGCACUUUUUUUUAACCUUUUCAAACCUUUGAAUCUCUUAAUUUCACAGCAAUUUGUAAAUGUUAACUAAGUGAAACCUUGGCAAGCACUACGGCAAUAAGUUAUCAUUAAUUAUUGAAACAUGAUAACUGCUUUAGAGCUUAUGGUUCUGGCAGCAAAAUUUAAUGCUGUUUCUUUUAAUAAUAGUUAAGCCAUAUCAUCUAAGGUUUCUGGCUUGUUUGAGAUGUGAAUUUGUUUUAUAGAUUAUAAAUAUACCUAUAUAGUGUAUGUAUAAAGCAGAAUGCCUGUCCUUACUGAUUAUUUUUUGUACCAUAUUGUAAAUUAUAUUAUUUAUUCUUUACCAAUUUUGGAAAAAGGUGUUUUGGUUAUUUAAUAUAAUAUACAAAAGCUGUUAAACUUCCUCUGUUUAAAUUUCCAAUUCAACUUGUAAAGCUGUUUUUAUUCUUGUGCAUAAAUACAUACUAAUACUUGGUC